GCGGACCACCAGGAGUCACCGGGUGGUCAUGUGAGUCGAUAUCUCCUCUCAGCGGGCCAUGCACCUUCCUCCCCGUCAUCGCAUUUACAUCUUCGUUUGUACAUAGAAUUCAAGCCCAGGCCUAAAUGUUUCUUGUCAAGUACGACUAAAUGGCAACAUGUCUGGCAAACAAUACAUUACCUUCUCCUCUUCUCUCCAGCGCCGUUCAGUUUGGAGUGUCCUGCAUCCGGUCCUUGACGUGGCUCCCAAUAUCACAUUAGAAGAAUCGUCUGAUAAAACGUACGAUCUUGCAUUUUGUCUCUUUGAUGGAAAUCAUCGGCACGAGAUGCGCGCUAUUCUUUUUACGCCUUGUGGUCUUGAGGAAGACGACCGACAGGCCACCCUGACCCGUGUAGAAAAAUUUGCGUCCCUCAUAAGUGAUUCUAGCAGCAAUCAGUAUCUGGCUAUCAUCUUUCUACAUUCAAACAAGGCAUUCCCAACAGCUAGCGGGCGCUUCAACUUUAACGGUUUGAUUUCUCUACAAGUCCUACUAUUGCAUUCUCCAAAUGCGUCGAAUUUACCAAUAAUAUCAGCGGCAGAGCCGUCCACUCUAUUGGCGUCCGUGAAAGAACAUUGCAAAGCUCGUGCUUGUGGUCCAGUCCAACCCCCCAUGGUUUCCUCACAGUCGCCAUUGUUUCUAUUGGAACGUGUGUUAGCAAGCGGGUCAAGUCAGCUGCACCAACGGCAUAAUCUGAAUGUCCUGAGCGAUCUGUUCCCAACGCUGCGUGAGUUGAGCAGGGCAACAAGAACUCUCGAGGGGCGACAGCUCAUAAUUGAGUAUCUCGGGGAGGAAGUUGAAGAAAGCAUACAGGCGUUCUGGAGCGAUGAAUGGGUUUGCGGUUAGAACCUUGAUUUUAAAUAACUGAUAUUGAUAGACACUUGAAAUAUGCUGCUUCCAGCAUCGAAUUGUAC